CGCGCUUCACCGAGCGCUGUGACGUCUCCCCCUCUCCCCGCCAAUGGGCGCCUGGGCGCCGGGAGCGCUGAGCCGGCCGCUUAGUCUCUACACGGCGCGCGGCAGCAGUUCGGGGGGGUGGGGAGAGUAGGAAUACAGCCGGCACCAAGAUGGCGACCCCGGCCAAGCGCAGAGCUGGGAGCAGCGUCGGGCGGGGCGCGGGCGCCGCUGGCCCGGGGGAGGCGAAGCCGCCGUCCGCGUUCGUGGACGGCUCCAUCGUGCGAGUCGCCAUGGAGAACUUCCUAACAUAUGAUAAUUGUGAAGUGUAUCCAGGACCUCACUUGAACAUGAUAGUGGGUGCUAAUGGAACAGGAAAAUCAAGCAUUGUUUGUGCCAUCUGUCUGGGAUUGGCCGGAAAACCUUCUUUCAUAGGGCGAGCAGACAAGGUUGGUUUCUUCGUAAAGCGAGGCUGCUGUAAAGGCACAGUUGAAAUUGAACUAUUUAAACCUCCUGAUAAUCUUGUUAUCACACGUGAGAUUCAUGUGGCAAACAAUUCAUCAACAUGGUUGAUCAAUAAAAAGCCUUCUUCCUUGAAAACAGUAGAGGAGCAAAUUGCAGCCUUAAAUAUCCAAGUGGGCAAUCUGUGCCAGUUCCUCCCUCAGGACAAAGUUGGGGAAUUUGCAAAACUGUCCAAAGUAGAACUUCUUGAAGCCACAGAAAAAUCAAUUGGUCCUCCAGAAAUGUACAGAUUCCACUGUGAGCUAAAAAACUUCAGAGAGAGAGAGAGAGAACUUGAGAAUUUAUGCAAAGAGAAAACUAAUUCCUUGGAGAAAAUGAAACAAAGGAUUGAACGAUAUAGACAAGAUGUUGAGAGGUACCAUGAGCGCAAACGUCAUCUAGAUGUAAUUGAGAUGCUUGAGAGAAAAAGGCCUUGGGUGGAAUAUGAAAAUGUUCGCCAACAAUAUGAGGAAGUGAAACAAGACCGUGACUGUGUAAGAGAAGAAUUGAAAAAACUAAAAGAAACACAAUCUCCAAUGAUACAGCAAAUCCAAGAAAUUGAAAAGCAAUUCAGAAGUCUGGAUGUGAAAAUCAAAGAGAAGGUUCCUGAAAUCAAAGAGACUUCUCAAAAAUGUAAACAAAACCAAGAUGCUUUGGAGAAGAAAGACAAACAAAUUGGUGAUAUUCAGCAGGCUCUCAGAAUGAAAAGAGAUGAAGAAAUGGAUCGACAGAAGAGAAUGAACAUCACCCGACAGAUGAUAGCGGACUGGCAGAAUGAACUCAACAGUACAGGAGCCUGUGAGAAUCUUCAGCCACAAAUUGAUUCUAUUAACAAUGACCUGAGACGCUUGCAAGAAGACAAGGCAAAUAUUGAUAGUGACGUGAGUGAUUUGGGAAAUGAGAAAGAGAAUCUCAAGACGGAAAAGAAAAGAAUAACUGAUCGUAUCAUACAACUUGAUAAUAUGAUGAAUCUGAAAGAAGAGAAGCUCAAAAGAAGAUACCGAGACACACACAGUGCUCUUAUGUGGCUAAGAAAGAACAGAAACCAGUUUAAAAAAAGUGUCUGUGAACCCAUGAUGCUUGUAAUCAACAUGAAAGACAAUAUACAUGCUAAAUAUGUCGAAAAUCACAUUUCAGCAAAUGAUAUGAGGGCCUUUGUUUUUGAAAGUCAAGAAGAUAUGGAAAUAUUUCUUCGUGAGAUGCGUGAUCAUCAGAAACUAAGAGUGAAUGCUGUCUGUGCACCCAGUGAGUCAUGGGCUGAAAACAGACCUUCAAGACCUAUUGAAGAGUUACACCAGUAUGGAUUUUUCUCUUUCUUGCGAGAGCUGUUUGAUGCUCCUCAUCCUGUGAUGAGUUACCUUUGCUUCCAGUAUCGAGUUCAUGAGGUCCCUGUGGGAACAGAGAGGACCAGAAAUAUGAUUGAAAGGGUCAUACAAGAAACGAAGCUUAAGCAGUUGUAUACAGCUGAAGAAAGGUAUUUUGUAAAAGUAUCAGUUUAUACAAACCAACCUGUUUCUAGUAACACCCCUCUGAGAUCAGCACAGUUUCUUAUCGAUUCGGUGGAUACAGAAGAAAGAAGACAGUUGGAAGAGCAGCAGCAGGGAAUAAAUAAUAAGUUGCAGUCACUGGAUUCUGAUUUGACUACACUGUCUGAGAGGCAGGGACAUCUGGAGCACAAAGACAAUGAACUUAGACAGCAGAAGAAGGAACUUCUGGAGAGAAAAAACAAAAGGAGACAACUGGAAUCAAAAAUUGCUAUGAAACACGAUAGUUUAAGACAGAUGGAACAAGAUGCUAUCAACUUAGACCAAGAGGCGCAACAUACAAAUGCAAAGAUCAAAGAAAUCAAUAUCCAAAAAGCCAAACUUGUUAUAGAAUUAAAGGAACUUGUUAAGGAUUGCAUAGCAUUGAACACUCUGAAAGUAGAUUUGGUUCUUCAGAGUACUACAGUGUCUGCCAAGAAGCAUAAACUAGACUCUGAGUAUAAAGCAGCAACCGGACAUGUAAGAGCUUUAGAGGAACAGUUUCGUGUGCUGGAUGAAAGAAAACGUAGCCUGUUGAACCACUGCAAGGAACUGAUGAGAAAAGCCAGACAGGUGUGCAACCUGAGCCCAGAUGAGCCAGUUCCACAAGAAUUUCAGACUGCAUUCCGGGAUCUUCCAGACACGUUGGAUGAAAUAGAUGCUUCACUGAAUGAAGAGAAAUCGAGAGCCUCCUGCUUCACAGGCCUGAAUGCUUCUGUUGUAGAAGAGUACAGUAAGAGGACAGAAGAAAUACAACUGUUGACAGAGGAGCUAGAGAAAAAGAAAAAAGAAUUGAACAACUACAGGCAAAACAUUUCGCAGGUCAAAGAAAGGUGGCUUAAUCCUUUGAAACAUCUGGUCGAAAAAAUUAAUGAGAAGUUCAGUACCUUUUUUAAUUCUAUGCAGUGUGCUGGUGAAGUCGAUCUUCAUACAGAAAAUGAGGAAGAAUAUGACAAAUACGGGAUUCGAAUCAGAGUCAAAUUUCGCAGUAGUACCCAGUUGCAUGAAUUGACUCCUCACCAUCAGAGUGGAGGUGAGAGAAGUGUUUCCACUAUGUUGUAUUUGAUGGCUCUGCAAGAACUGAACAGAUGUCCUUUCAGGGUUGUAGAUGAAAUAAAUCAGGGAAUGGACCCAGUCAAUGAGAGGAGAGUUUUUGAAAUGGUUGUGAAGACUGCUUGCAAAGAAAGCACUUCUCAAUACUUCUUUAUUACACCAAAGCUGCUGCAGAAUCUCACUUACAAUGAAAAAAUGACCGUGUUGUUUGUCUACAAUGGACCUUUUAUGCUAGAAUCAACCAAAUGGAAUUUAAAGGCUUUCAACAGGAGGCGGCGACGAGUUGGGUGGACAGAUGCAUAGUGAUUUUCAUUGCCUUUGAAACCUAUGGUGAAACUACAUUUGUAAACGAGUGGUUGAACCUGAGAGAAAAUCCAUGGGGAACUUAAUAGUGAAUCACUGGGCUGCUUCUUAAUAAAAUUAUUUUUACAGUUAA